AUGUCUCGGCAACACCCGAUAGCGAGCGGGUCCGCAGAGGGUUACUCCCCGCCCGGGGACGUGGUCGACCCGUUCAACCAGCGCUAUUACGACGAUGCGGACCGCGACCCACGCGGGAGGGACACCUACGCCUCAGACAGCUCCUUCGACCAGCACGACAGAUAUUAUGGCAACGAGGACCCAUACCAUCACGCGGACACCGACUCUGAGCGUGGCGGAGACGUUUACGGCCAGCCGGGCGCUCCCUCGGCAGAGUCGCUUGGCGGACCCAAGGGCGGCUACGCAUCCGGCCCGCCCUUUGCCGACUUUGGCGGCGCCAACCAGUACGACCAGGGACGCGAGCCCUAUCCGGCAUGGAGCGCCGACAGGCAGAUCCCGUUGAGCAAAGAGGAAAUCGAAGACAUUUUCCUCGAUCUCCAGCAGAAGUUCGGCUUCCAGCGCGACUCGAUGCGCAACAUGUUCGACUUUACGAUGCAGCUGCUCGACAGCCGUGCGAGCCGAAUGCCGCCCAAUCAGGCGCUGCUGACGCUGCAUGCGGACUAUAUCGGUGGCCCGCAUGCGAACUACCGGAAAUGGUACUUUGCCGCCCAGCUCGACCUCGACGAUGCGAUCGGCAAGACCCAGAACCCGGGCCUGAACCGCAUGAAGUCCAAGAAAGGAAGGGCGCGUCACGAAAAGUCGCUCCAGGGCGCUUUGGAACGCUGGCGGAUCGCGAUGAACAACAUGUCGCAGUACGACCGCAUGCGCCAGAUCGCUUUGUUCUUGCUUUGCUGGGGCGAGGCUGCCCAAGUCCGCUUCGUGCCAGAGUGCUUGUGUUUCAUCUUCAAGUGCGCGGACGACUACUAUCGCAGUCCGGAGUGCCAGAAUCGGGUAGACCCAGUCCCCGAAGGCCUCUACCUCCGCGCAGUCGUGAAGCCGUUGUACCGCUUCAUCCGCGACCAGGGAUACGAGGUCAUCGACAACAAGUUUGUGCGCCGCGAGCGUGAUCACCAGGACAUCAUCGGGUAUGACGACGUCAACCAGCUGUUCUGGUACCCCGAGGGCAUCGCACGGAUAGUCCUCCAGGACAAGACCCGUCUUGUGGACUUGCCGCCCGCACAGCGCUUUAUGCGUUUCGACCGCAUCGAUUGGAACCGGGUCUUCUUCAAGACGUACUACGAGAAGCGUUCCUUCGGUCACUUGCUCGUCAACUUCAACCGUAUUUGGGUCGUUCACAUCGCCCUAUACUGGUUCUACACGGCGUACAACUCGCCCACGGUCUGGGAGCCCAAGACGCACAGCUCGUCCGCCUUGGCAUGGUCGGUCACCGCACUUGGCGGUGCCGUCGCGACGGUCAUCAUGCUUCUCGCUACGCUCGCGGAAUACAGCUACAUCCCUACAACGUGGAACAACACCUCGCACUUGACACGCCGGAUGCUCUUCCUACUCGUCACACUCGGUCUUACCGCCGGUCCCACGGUCUACAUCGCUAUCGCGGAGAACGGCGACUCUGCCGGAGGUCAGCUGGCGCUCAUCCUCGGCAUCGUGCAGUUCUUCAUCUCGGUCGUCGCAACACUACUCUUUGCCAUCGUUCCCUCCGGGCGCAUGUUCGGUGACCGCGUUGCGGGCAAGAGCCGGAAGUACCUCGCUUCGCAGACAUUCACCGCCAGUUACCCCGCCCUCGGCCGCCCCGCGCGCAUCAGCUCCGUCUUGCUCUGGGUUCUCGUCUUUGGAUGCAAGUUCACGGAGAGUUACUUCUUCUUGACCUUGUCGUUCCGCGAUCCUAUCAAGGCCAUGGCGGGCGUCACGAUCAACAACUGCGAGGAGAAGCUGUUCGGCAAUGCGCUGUGCAGGAACCAGGCGACAUUCACUCUUACGAUCAUGUACAUCAUGGACCUCGUCUUGUUCUUCUUGGACACAUUCUUGUGGUACAUUAUCUGGAACACGGUCUACAGUAUCGCACGGUCCUUCGCUCUCGGUCUCUCUAUCUGGACGCCCUGGCGCGACAUCUACGCUCGUCUUCCGAAGCGCGUCUACUCCAAGAUCCUCGCCACGUCCGACAUGGAAGUCAAGUACAAACCCAAGGUCCUCGUAUCGCAGAUCUGGAACGCCAUCAUCAUCUCGAUGUACCGCGAGCACUUGCUGUCGAUCGACCACGUUCAGAAGCUGCUCUACCACCAAGUUGAUACGGCUGAUGGCCACAGGACCUUGAGGGCACCGCCAUUCUUCAUUGCGCAGACCGAUGGGAGCUAUAAGGGCGACUUCUUCCCACCUGGAUCUGAGGCGGAGCGUAGGAUCAGCUUCUUUGCGCAGAGUCUUACGACUGCGCUUCCUGAGGCGCUGCCGGUUGAUGCUAUGCCCACGUUCACGGUGCUCACCCCGCACUACUCCGAGAAGAUCCUACUCAGCUUGCGCGAGAUUAUCAAGGAGAGCGAUGCCAACUCGCGCGUUACGCUCCUCGAGUACCUAAAGCAGCUUCACACGGUCGAAUGGGAGAACUUCGUCAAGGACACCAAGAUCCUCGCGGCCGAGUCGGACUUGUACGAUGGACAGAGCCCCUUCGGCGACGAGAAGGGCCCGGGCGGCAGCAAGGCGGAUGAUUUGCCCUUCUACAUGAUCGGUUUCAAGAGCGCGGCACCCGAGUUCACUCUCCGUACCCGUAUCUGGGCCAGUCUCCGUUUCCAGACGCUCUACCGCACAGUCUCCGGUAUGAUGAACUACGCCAAGGCUAUCAAGCUCCUCUACCGCGUCGAGAACCCCGAGGUCGUUCAGAUGUUCGGUGGUAACACGGACAGACUCGAACGCGAGCUUGAGCGCAUGGCCCGCCGCAAGUUCAAGUUUGUCGUCUCGAUGCAGCGCUAUGCCAAGUUCAACAAGGAGGAGCAGGAGAACGCCGAGUUCCUGCUGCGCGCGUACCCGGAACUGCAGAUUGCGUACCUGGACGAGGAAGCGAGGAAGGACGGCGGCGACCCGCGGUUGUUCUCUGCGCUCAUCGACGGUCACUCCGAGUUCGACCCCUCGACUGGACGCCGCCGGCCUAAGUUCCGUAUCGAGCUGCCCGGCAACCCCAUUCUCGGAGACGGCAAGAGCGACAACCAGAACCACGCGAUUAUCUUCUACCGCGGCGAGUACCUCCAGCUUAUCGACGCCAACCAGGACAACUACCUCGAAGAGUGCUUGAAGAUCCGUAACAUCUUGGGCGAGUUCGAGGAGCUCCGCGCGAACCAGCAGUCUCCGUACGCCGCGUGGUCUAAGCGCGACUUUGCCAAGGCUCCGGUCGCCAUCGUUGGUGCGCGCGAGUACAUCUUCUCGGAGAACAUCGGUAUUCUCGGUGAUAUCGCCGCUGGCAAGGAGCAGACGUUCGGUACUCUCGCUGCGCGUUCGCUCGCGUUCAUCGGUGGAAAGCUGCACUACGGUCAUCCGGAUUUCUUGAACGCGACGUUCAUGAACACGCGUGGCGGUAUCUCGAAGGCGCAGAAGGGUCUGCACUUGAACGAGGAUAUCUACGCCGGUAUGAACGCUUUCGGGCGCGGUGGAUGGAUCAAGCACAUCGAGUACUACCAGUGCGGUAAAGGACGUGACCUCGGUUUCGGCACCAUCCUCAACUUCCAGACCAAGAUCGGGACGGGUAUGGGCGAGCAGAUGUUGUCGAGGGAGUACUACUACCUCGGGACGCAGCUGCCGAUCGACCGCUUCCUCACGUUCUACUACGGUCACCCCGGCUUCCACAUCAACAACAUGCUCGUCAUCUUGUCGGUCCAGGUCUUCGUCCUCACCAUGGUCUUCCUCGGCACGCUCAACUCGUCGGUUACCGUCUGCAAGUACUCUUCCGGUGGCGCGCUGCUGGGCAAUCAGGGCGACUGCUACGACUUGAUCGACGUUACGAAGUGGAUCAAGCGCUGCAUUAUCUCGAUCUUCCUCGUCUUCAUGAUCGCGUUCUUGCCGCUGUUCAUGCAGGAGCUCAUCGAGCGCGGGACGGGCCGGGCUAUCGUGCGUCUUGGCAAACAGUUCAUGUCGCUCUCGCCGGUCUUCGAGGUCUUCUCGACGCAGAUCUACACGCACUCGAUUCUCAACAACUUGACGUUCGGAGGCGCUCGGUAUAUCGCGACCGGACGCGGCUUCGCGACGAGCAGGAUAUCGUUCGCGAUCUUGUUCAGCCGGUUCGCGGGGCCGAGCAUUUAUCUCGGGAUGAGGACGCUGCUCAUGUUGCUUUAUGUGACGUUGAGUUAUUGGACGCCGUACAUCAUCUACUUCUGGGUGUCGAUUCUUGCGCUGUGCAUCGCGCCGUUCUUGUUCAACCCGCACCAGUUCGCAUUUACGGACUUCAUCGUGGAUUACCGGGAGUUCUUGCGCUGGAUGUCGCGCGGUAACAGCCGCUCGCACUCCAACUCGUGGAUCGGCUACUGCCGCCUCUCGCGCACAAUGAUCACGGGCUACAAGAAGAAGAAACUCGGCCGUCCCUCCGAGAAGCUCGGUGGUGAUACGCCCCGCGCGGGCUGGCGCGCCGUGCUCGUAUCCGAGGUCCUCGCGCCCGUCGCCCAAGCCAUCCUCUUCGUCAUCGCGUAUAUGUUCGUCAAGUCCUUCCCCGUGGACGGCGUCACGCCGCCGAGCCCGCUCAUCCGUAUCGCCGUCGUGUCCCUUGGACCGAUCGUGUGGAACGGUGUGGUGUUGCUCGUGCUGUUCUUUGUCAGCUUGAUGUUUGGGCCGAUGUUGGAUAGCUGCUGUACGAGGUUUGGUAGUGUCAUGGCGACGCUGGCCCAUGUCCUUGGUAUGGCGGGUAUGAUCGGUUUCUUCGAGUUCUUCUGGGUUCUCGAGCUUUGGAACGGCUCGCACGUCGUCAUCGGUCUCCUCGCCAUCGUCGCCGUCCAACGCGCAGUCCACAAACUCAUCAUCUCCCUCGUCCUCUCCCGCGAGUUCAAGCACGACGAGACGAACCGCGCAUGGUGGACGGGCAAGUGGUACGGCCGCGGUCUCGGCGCGCACGCGUUCUCGCAGCCCGCGCGCGAGUACGUCGUCAAGAUGAUCGAGCUCAGCUUGUGGACGUCCGACUUCUUGAUCGGACACUUUUUGCUGUUCAUGCUUACGCCUGCGGUCCUCGUGCCGUACUUCGACCGCGUACACGCCAUUGCGUUGUUCUGGUUGAGGCCGAGCAAGCAGAUCCAUGCGCCGAUUUACAACUUUAAGGUUCGCAAGCAGCGCAGGUCAAUCAUCAUCAAGUACACCCCCGUGUACUUCUCCGUCAUCGCUAUCUUCAUCGCGCUCGUCGCAGUCCCGCCGAUUCUCGGCGACACGAUCAAGCUCAACUGCGAGCUGUGCAAGAGUCUAUAG